CUAAUUGCAAAAUCCCACUUCUUGCUGAUCUCCCGUAGGACCCAGACAACGCACCACUCGUCAUCAAUGGAGUCCCCGACGCGCAUACGCCCUUCAAGCAUCCAUUUGUUAUCCCUGACUGCAGCGGUAUCGAUGUCUUUCGCGACUUUUACCUCGAAGGGGUCUCUGUGCCAGAGAAAAUUUGGCAAAAGCUCAGAGACAUAUACUUGCACGCAUGCUGCGAGUGUCGUUGCAGAUGAUUUUUCUGCUAGUGCUGGAGGAGGAUAUAGGGUGUACUGAAUUGUGUCCUCUGAGAUCGAAGGCGGGCGAUUGAAAAUGUCCAUCGCCGUGGUAGAUUAUUGGAAGACCCUUGUUAAGAUCGUCGUUUAUAUCAGACAAAACUAGUAUCUUCCUGACUAGGGGAGACUGAUGGUCGGGGUUGUGUUUGUCAGCGAGGGUGACCCCGACUCAUUUCCUUUCUUGGUUCACCGAAGAGCACCAAUGGCGUCGACUACUGCCUUCAAGGACAGAAAUCUCAUCGCUGUCAUAGGAGAUGAGGACUCAAUAACUGGUCUGCUUCUUGCAGGCAUCGGUCACAUCAACGAGCACCAGAGGAAGAACUUUCUCGUCGUAGACUCUAGUAAGGUUUUCGGCGUGUUCCCCGUCAUCGCAUGCUCAGAGAUGAGUCCAGAAACACAAAUAUCAUCGAUCGAAGCCGCGUUCCAGGAGUUCACUCAACGGAAGGACAUCGCCAUCGUCCUCAUCAACCAGCAUAUAGCAGAGAAGAUACGACCGACGGUGGAUCGCUAUCAAGAAGCAUUCCCUACGUUGCUCGAGAUACCUUCUAAGGACCAUCCAUAUGGUGAGCACCGGACACACCUACAUUCUCCGUGUAAUCUGCACUAAAGCUGCAAAUCCAGACCCUUCGAAAGAUUCGGUAUUGAAGCGCGUUCAGAGGCUUUUCGGCGAGUAGACAGCGUAUGCUACAUUACUCGCAUUGGCAUAUAUGUACCAUAUAAUACAGAUGUGCAUGGCAAGUAGAGUACUUCUACUAUGCCAAGAUAAUGGAUGACCUGCUCCCCUACCUUCGAAUUAGGUAUCAGGGUGGCAAGUUCAGCAAUUUAUGCCGAAGUGAACCGCAUGAUGGGCUCGUUCUCCCGGACACCUGGUGCUCGUUCAACGAAUACCCUCACUGGAUGCCGGGUUUCUGAGUUUGGUAUGUCAAUCAGGAGGUACCGGAAGACGAAGUAGCCCUCGUCGUUCUGUUGAUUAUGAGCAAUGGCGGAUAUUCUUUGGAGAAUUACAUACCCGGACAAGAUCGGCAUGGACCU